CUCGGACAUUCAAGUGCUCGCCGACUCUUCUCUUCUGCUGGAGCAGUAUGAUUCCGCGAGCUGGCUACAUCGUGCUCGUCCUGGAACUCCAAGACCUUUGCUCUACUUGCAGUUCGACUCUAGUCGUACUCAGGCUGCAGAAGUACUCGCGAAGUGCCUCCCGAAAAGGUGAGGCCCUCGAGGCAGUACAGGCCACCGUGGGCCUCAGUCAAGUCCCUUCUUCAACGCCCUUUGGGAUUUGUUUGCAAUCGUCUGCGCGCACUGGCCAGGCUAGCAUGAUGCCUGAGUAAGACUUCAAGCGUUGGGCUCCUCCCGCUCAAGCUCCGCUUGCGUUACGGAGGCGGACCACUCCUCCUCACCCGUGGCACUUAUACCGACAAAUUCGGGAUAUGAUCUUUAGGCGGGAUGCGGGUGGGAUUACCGAUGCUGGAACGCCCUACUAUGCAGCACGGCGAAUAUCUAUCGGCGCUUCGGUAUAGUAUAGGAAAGCACAGUAGCGACAUCAGCAAAAGUGUAUAAAUGUUGCCGAAC